AUGGCCUCGGUUGAUGCUGUUGAUAAAAGUGAAAUUAAGCAAGAGUCGGAAAAGCUUCGUGCCAAAUACCCUGGUUUGGUUAAUAAUGCAUCAUCAUUGCUACAUCGACGGCUAAGUAAAAAUGUGAAAUAUUUCGAUUCUGGCGAUUAUAAUAUGGCUAAGUCGAGACCACUAAUGAAGGAUUCCUUUCCCUCAGGUAAUUUGGAUUCACCAACGGGGGAUACUAUUCCAACUGUGGAUAAUAUAUCUAUUCUACGAAGUAAAAGUAUUUCAUUGCAAAACAAUACCACUGUAUCACCACAAUCAACAACAGCAUGUACAACACCAACAAGCACUUCAACUGCAACAACUACAUGCAGUUAUAUAACUAUACCAGCUCGUACACAAGUUGCUAAAUAAUCGUUUGUAAAUUGAGAAUCAGACUAUCUUAAGCUGACAUUUUCUGGAUUUUAAUGGUUUGAAUUCGACUGACAUUUAGGAGCGAGAAAGUAUAGGUAAGUUGUGUUAAGUUUGAGACUUUAACAGUAAACUCCCCCUUAUCUUUUUAGUUUAAAAAGUUAUUUGUCUCUAACUACAAACAUUUUCACAACACUGCCAAGUCGAAAUCCGAAGGCUGACUGCUAACUUUAUAGUUCUUGAAUAUCGGUUAGCAUUUAACGUUGGUGGUAUUGUUUACUUAACAUCUGAAGUAAACAUAUUACUGCUUUUUAACAAAUAUAAUGUCCCAUCAGAGAAGAUUCUCUUGUCGAUAAGAAUGUGAUGUCCAGAUAUAUGCAGGUGAAUUGUAAGAUUUUAGGCUACUAUUAAGUUUAUUGGCAGUGUAGAAGAGUUAGUUUGAAAAUUUUGGUUUAUUUACAUGAUACAAUUCGACCAAUCUGAUAGGACAUUCAGUUGUCAAGUAACCAAGUACAAAGUAUAUAGAGUGUGUUAUUGUUCC